AUGAAGAAGAAGCUCACAAUUCUCUCUGACAAAAACCCAUUAGUCUGAACAAGCCAGUUAAGCAGUUCUCCUCUGUAGUUUCCUUGGGUUCCUUUCACAAAUGGCCAGGACAGGUGUCUCGGAAGAGACUGAUAAAGAAGCAGCCAUGGAGAUAAAGAAGCAGUUGAGGAAACUGGUCAAGGACAUUGUUGAAGAAGAAGACUAUAGGGUAGAGACUGCUGAGGAGGCUAUGAGGGCCUUGUCUUCUUUGAAGAACUUGAAGAGUUCUAAAAAGUCUCUCUCUUUCAAACUUGAUGUUCCUCAAGAAUUUAGGUGUCCUAUUUCUGGAGAGCUCAUGAUUGACCCUGUUGUCUUGGCCACUGGACAGACUUAUGAUAGGCCAUUCAUCCAGAGGUUGUUGAAUGAAGGUAGCCAGAUAUGCCCUCAGACCAAGCAAGUCCUUGCUCAUACUAUCCUGACCCCAAAUAACUUGGUCCGACAAAUGAUUUCACAAUGGUGCAAGGAGCAUGGUAUUGAGUCUCCGAAACCUGUUCAAGAUAUUGGUGAGGAAAUUGUCACUAGUGCAGACCGAAACUAUCUGAAUGCACUGCUUCAGAAGACUUCAUCAUCUUCCCUGUCUGAUCAGAAAGAAGCAGCAAAGGAACUUCGACUGCUAACAAAGAGGAGUUCAUCAUUUCGGGCUUUGUUUGGCGAGUCGGCUGAGAUCAUUGCACAACUGCUGAGUCCACUUUCACAGGGUCAAGUUGCCACUCAUCCUGACCUUCAAGAAGACUUGAUCACGACUCUACUAAACCUUUCAAUUCAUGACAACAAUAAGAGAUUAGUUGCUGAAAACCCAUUGGUGAUCCCUCUCCUUAUUGAAUCCUUAGUGUUUGGAACCAUUCAAACAAAAAGCAAUGCUGCAGCAACUUUCUUCACAUUAUCAGCCAUCGAUUCCAACAAGAUUGUUAUUGGCGCAUCUGGUGCUCUCAAACCUCUGAUUGACUUGUUACAUGAGGGGCAUCCAUUAGCCAUGAAGGAUGUUGCCACGGCCAUAUUCCGCCUAUGUACAGACCUUGAAAAUAGAGGAAGAGCCGUCAAUGCUGGAGUGGUGUGGGUGAUUCUGAAGAAGAUAAUGGAUGGUGUAUUGGUUGCUGAGUUGCUGGCUAUACUUGCAAUCAUUUCGACCAAUCAGAAGGCUAUUCAGGACAUGUGUGAAUUUGGUGCUGUGUCUUGUUUGGUUAAAAUCAUCAGGGAGAGUAAUUGUGAGCGCGACAAGGAGAACUGCAUUGUGAUCCUGUACAAUAUCUGCUUUAGUGCUCGGUCUAAACUGAAGGAGAUUAAGGACGAGGAAAUGUCGAAUGGUACAUUUUCUAGACUUGCACAGAGUGGAACUUCAAGAGCUAAAAGGAAGGCCAUUGGAAUUCUUGAGAGGUUGAAUAAGACUGGUACAGUAACACACACUGCUUGAGGGAAGUAGUACUUUCUGUUUUUCAUUUUUGACCCCCCAAAAAGAGAAGGUACAUUUCUCCAUGACCUCGUGUAAAUGCUACUUCUACAUUUUGCUAUUAUACUUCCCAAUCUCGGCUUCUUAACCUGUACAAAAGUAGUCAUACAUUACCUGUAAUGCAACCUAGGCAAGUUUUGGUCCAUUUGAGGCCUAUAGACAUUGUAAAUCUCAUCACUAUGAAAUUCACAAGUAUUUUGUUUCUUC